UUCAAUUUUCCCACAUUUUACUUUUUCUUUUCCCCCAACAGAAAGCUUGAAUUGACCGGUCGUUGGUUGAAUUUUGGUUUGGGUCAAUUGUUUCAUACCAAAUAAACUAAACUAAACCCACCACUGCAUUUAUUCAACCAUAGACAAAUACGUAAUCAAACCACACGCCUUUUCCCUCGAUUUUAGGAAAUAUUAUAAAUACCCAUUCAAUGCUCACGCUCAAUUUCUCCCUUCAAUUUGUGUUUCUGGGUUUUAAUAUAUUUUGGGGGUUUAGAUCGUGAGUUUUUUUUCAAAUUUUCCAACAUCAUGGCGAUUUCUUCGAGUUUUUCCGGCGCUAAAUUGGAGAAUGUGUUGAUGAAUUAUUGUUCAUCGUCUUCGGCUACUUUUUCCCGAGCUUAUUUUCCUUAUCAGCAACAAUUAAAGGUCUUUAACAAGGCUAAUCGUGGAAUGAAAGGUACGCUUUCGAGGAGUGGAGGAAUUAGAUGUGAAGCCGCUGAAUCCAACGCCGCUUUGGAAGUCGAAAAAAUCUAUUCUUCCAAGACUGCCGCACUCUCUGCUCUUGAACAACUCAAGACAUCCGCAGCUGACAGAUAUACAAAGGAAAGGAGCAGCAUUGUUGUCAUAGGGCUCAGUGUUCACACUGCCCCUGUGGAGAUGCGUGAGAAACUCGCCAUUCCUGAAGCAGAAUGGCCACGAGCCAUUGGGGAGUUAUGCAGUUUGAAUCAUAUAGAAGAGGCUGCUGUUCUUAGCACCUGUAACAGGAUUGAAAUAUAUGUUGUGGCUCUGUCCCAACAUCGUGGAGUCAAAGAAGUAACGGAAUGGAUGUCAAAGACUAGUGGCGUCCCAGUUUCAGAGAUUUGCAAGCACCAGUUUUUGUUGUACAACAAGGAUGCUACCCAACACCUAUUUAAAGUAUCGGCUGGUCUCGAUUCUCUUGUUCUUGGAGAAGGUCAAAUUCUUGCACAAGUUAAACAAGUUCUCAAAGCCGGAGAAGGUGUCCUUGGUUUUGGAAGGAACAUACAUAUGAUGUUCAAGUGUGCUUCUACUGUUGGAAAACGUGUUAGAACUGAUACUAAUAUUGCUGCUGGAGCUGUUUCUGUUAGCUCCGCUGCUGUUGAACUAGCAUUAAUGAAGCUUCCCAAGUCCUCACACGCUACUGCUCGAAUGUUAGUUAUUGGAGCUGGAAAGAUGGGAAAGCUUGUGAUCAAGCACUUGGUAUCAAAAGGUUGCACCAAGAUGGUUGUUGUUAACCGAAGUGAAGAGAGAGUUGCAGCAAUCCGUGAAGAGCUGAAACUUGAGGCAAAAGGUGAGGCGAAAAGUGUUGAGAUUAUUUACAGACCCCUUACAGACAUGCUCGCUUGUUCAGCUGAAGCUGAUGUGGUCUUCACCAGUACAGCAUCUGAAACACCACUGUUUUUAAAAGAGCAUGUUGAGAAUCUUCCCCCGGUCAGUUCUGAAGUCGGUGGUUUGAGGUUAUUCAUCGAUAUCUCUGUUCCACGUAAUGUAGGAUCAUGUGUCACCGAUGUUGGAGGUGCACGAAUUUACAAUGUUGAUGACCUGAAAGAGGUUGUAGCUGCUAAUAAGGAGGACCGACUACGGAAAGCAAUGGAAGCACAGUCCAUCAUUGCUGAAGAAUUGAGAGAGUUUGAAGCAUGGAGGGAUUCACUGGAAACUGUUCCUACACUCAAGAAGUUGAGAGCCUAUGCCGAAAGAAUUAGAGAUGCGGAGUUCAAUAAAUGUUUAUCAAAGAUGGGUGAUGAUAUCCCAAAGAAAUCAAAGAAGGCAAUUGAAGAUCUCAGCCGUGGUAUCGUGAAUAAACUUCUCCACGGUCCAAUGCAGCACCUGAGAUGUGAUGAUAGGGACAAUAGAACUCUAGACGAGGUCCUUGAGAACAUGCAUGCGCUUAACAGAAUGUUCGGCCUCGAGUCAGAUAUGUCACUUUUCGAACAGAAAAUUAGAGAAAAGAUAGAAAAAGGCCAAAAGUAAGCAUCGAAUACAGAACCUCUAACACUACAAUCAACUACCCUUCCUCACAAUCGAAUAAGAGAACUUCCUUGGUCUGUCACACUUGCAACAGAGUAGCUAAUCGAUCUAACUGAUUUGAGGCCCUUGUGGAGCAGCUUUUCAAUUGAUUAAUUGGUGUAAAACACCAUUGCUCGGCCCUAAUUUGUGGUUAAAGCAUUUCUACUGUGUUAUGUAGUGUCUUUCGGCUUUAUAGAUUCCAGUAUGAGGUAAGCUUGAACCCUGUAUGGGUUCAUCUUUAUAAUUUUCUAUUGAUAUCAAUGGGAACAAUUAAUACAUGUAAUUCAUUUACUACUUAUUUUAAUAUAGUGCUGAAAUUUUCUGCAAA